AUGAACUUGCCACCCAUCCCCGAAGAUGAAUUCGUUGUUUAUGCAGACGUGUACGCGAAGGAAGGUCACGCCGAUGAACUCGAACGCUUAAUCCGCAUCUUGAUUCGAAUGGUCGAGUCGGAGCCUGGGACCUUGGAAUAUGUCAUCUCGAGGGAUCACGAUGAACCCAACCACUUCUUCGUCUUUGAACGAUACAGUGGCAGGGAAGCGUUCGACAAACACUGUGCCACUCAGGAAUAUCAGAAUGGGAGCUCUGGUCGACCUACCACAGCCCAAGAUUUUGAAGCAAUUGAAGCCCAUUUAAGGGUGGUCUUAUAG